AAAGAAAACCAUGCACGACAUCCACCAAACAACACUUCACCUGAGGCCCUCCCCAUCAGCGCCAUUCGACAUGCUAGACAUAGCAUACGACACUCUUGAAAAUUCGAACAUGUCUUUCACCGUGAACGACAGUGUCGUCUGCACCAAUGAGUACUGCGUGUCGGACGAGGAAUACAUAGCCAUGAUCGAGGAUUACAUCUAUCCAUCCUCAGCAGAAUGGGUACUCAUCAUCCUACAUGUGAUUGUGUUCGUUGUUGGACUCGUUGGCAAUGCCCUUGUUUGUGUGUCUGUCUAUAGGAACCAUACCAUGAGGACUGUCACCAAUUAUUUCAUCGUGAAUCUAGCCUUGGCGGAUUUUUUGGUGAUUUUAGUUUGUCUUCCGCCUACUGUACUUUGGGAUGUAACGGAGACGUGGUUCUUUGGAAGAAUGACCUGCAAGCUUGUCUUGUAUUUACAGAGUGUCUCAGUGAGUGUAUCAGUAUUGACCUUGACUUUCAUCUCUAUCGAUCGUUGGUAUGCCAUUUGUCAUCCCCUCAGCUUCAAAAGCACAGCCGCCCGUGCCAAAACAAACAUUUUCCUCAUAUGGUUGGUAUCAAUUAUUGUCGCCCUGCCAGAAGCCAUAGUCCUCGAUACAAGAAAGCAUCCAAUACCCCUGGAGACCAUCUAUCUUACAGAUUGUGCUUACACAUGGAGCGAGAGCAACACCAGAAUAUACCAGCUGUUUCUUCUAUUGUUUUUGUACAUUAUUCCCUUUUUGUUGAUGGCUGUGGCCUACUAUCAGAUUGCAAAAGUUCUCUGGAAUAAGAAUAUACCAGGAUCAUCAGAAACUAAUCACCAUGCUUCACGCACAACAAUCUCAAAGCAGAACGGUAAAAACGGCACAACAGUACGAUUAAUCACAGUGAAUCCUAGUUGUGAAGGACAGAUACAAUCUCGGAGAAAAGCGGCUAAGAUGCUCAUAGCGGUUGUGGUCAUUUUUGGAUUGUGUUAUUUUCCAGUUCAUCUCAUCAACGCCCUCAGGUAUACAGUUGGACUUCCUCAAAACCCUGUGACAACAGUUGCUUCUCUGUUAUCCCAUUGGCUGUGUUAUGCCAACAGUUCUAUCAACCCCAUCAUAUAUAAUUUCAUGAAUGGAAAAUUCCGAAAGGAAUUCAAGAAUUUUUUAUGCUGUUAUUGCUGCAGAAACUCUUACAGAAGAAGACAAAUGGAUCACAUGACCGGAACAAAAUAUCGAUUUUCCACAUCCGUGACUCAAAUGGAAAACAUUAACUUGACCACCCUCGACAAAACUUAAUCUUAUAUGUGUUUAUUGUUUUAAAUGUUUUAAUUCUUGAAUGAAAUUGCUUUUAAUGUAAAA